UAGGGGCAGUUAUGAGUGGAUGGACUAUGAUUGCCUUUCCGCUACCGUUCUUAGAAAUCGAUGCAACGGACGUUGUUGUGAGCACUCAACUGUACGUUUUAUCUCGAGAUGCGGCAUUACGUGCAAUGUCUGAGCAGAGCGAUGACGUCAGGAAACUGUUAACGGCUUUGGUAUUUUCUCAAGAAAAGUUGAAACUUCAAGCAAGAGUCGGUGGAUCACUGCAUCUAACCUGGUCUUUAAUGAUAAAGACGUUUGCUCUCGUCGCGACCAUCAUUGUUGUUGCCGACGAACUUAUCUCAAGCGAUGACAGUUCCGGGGAGAAUUUUCGGAACUGCACCUGCAACUGCUUGUCAGCGUGAACUGCAGAU